UGCAGCAAUCAUCGAUUGGGCUUGGAGCGGGUAUAAGUGAAGGUGACUAUGUACGUCAAGUUCAUCGAAAAUGCUAGCAUUUGGCCACUUCCCAUCGACAUUUGGAUGGCAUCUCCGUCUGUGAUUUGGCAUGCUUUAGCACUACGCAAGCUCCCCUGUGGCAUGGGAAAAGCGCGCGCCAGGGCGUGAAGAGAGCGCGAGAGCCACGCGCCAUGACUAUAGUUGAUUGGAUACCCCAACGUUGACAAGUCGCUCUGCAGAGGUAUUGCAUUAUUGCAGCAAGUCUUGAAGAUGUAAGCGUCAAGUUCUUCGCCGCUUUUGGAGCACCGACUCCGUCUGCGUCUUCCUUGUUUAUCAAAACAGAGAGCACUGGCGUGGUGGUGCAACGAGCAUUAGUAGCGGUGGGUGUGCACUGGUGUUUCUAGAGUGCCGCGGAAAGAUAAGUAGUCAUAAUUACCUUUUUGCCCUAGUGUGGACCUCGCUCUCCCUGACAGGAGCAAAAGAAGACACGGAUGAUGUGUUUUUACUCCCUUCCGUUCUCCAUCCUCUCACGGUUAAAAGCAAAGGAUUCCACAAAAAGGGCUUUAAGAUAUUUCACAUAAAGACGUUUUCUUUAAAUUUGGUUGACAUGGCUAUAGUUUGAUUCAUUGUAACGAACCGAAGAAACAAGAUGAAAUUUCCAACGGAGAACCCAAGAAAACAAGGGAACUUGAACCCUGCACCAGUGGAAGUCCAAACCAACCUGGUCCCCCCUAAAAAGGUGCAGUCAGGCAUGCUGCAGUCCAGCCUUGUCCAGGCCAGCGUGGCCACCAUGCAGAACCCCAUGGGCUGCACCAUGCCCCGGCUGUCCGUGUCGUCACGGCCCGCCAGCAUGGUGGCCAGCAUGGAGGCGGUGGCAAGCGGUUCGGCCCUGCUCACCGUCAUGAAGUGGAAGACGGUCCUGGCAGUGUUCGUCGUGGUGGUGGCCUACCUGGUCGCCGGGGGCCUGGUGUUCCGGGCCCUGGAGCAGCCCUUCGAGAGCAACCAGAAAGACUCCAUCACCAUGGAGAAGGCGGCGUUCCUGCAGAAGAACCCCUGUGUCUCGCCGGCUGAGCUGGAGGCACUCAUCAAGCACUCUGUGGAUGCUGUGAAUGCUGGGGUCAGUCCAAUAGGAGACACAUCCUAUAACUCCAGUCACUGGGACCUGGGCAGUGCCUUCUUCUUUGCCGGGACUGUCAUCACAACCAUAGGGUAUGGUAACAUUGCCCCCAGUACAGAAGGAGGAAAGAUCUUCUGUAUCCUGUAUGCAAUCUUCGGCAUUCCCCUUUUCGGGUUUCUUCUAGCAGGAGUGGGGGACCAGCUGGGGACUAUAUUUGUGAAAAGUAUCGCCAAGGUGGAGAAAACGUUCAGGCGUAAACACAACCAGAUCAGUCAAACCAAGAUUCGCGUGGCGUCCACCUUGCUCUUCAUCCUCGCUGGCUGCAUCCUCUUCGUCACCAUCCCAGCUGUCAUUUUUAAACACAUCGAAGGAUGGACGGCCCUGGAGGCCAUCUAUUUUGUUGUCAUCACUCUGACCACCGUUGGAAUUGGGGACUAUGUGGCAGGAGGAGACCGGAGAAUUGAGUAUCGUAAAUGGUACCGUCCGCUGGUAUGGUUCUGGAUCCUGGUGGGUCUGGCCUAUUUCGCUGCUGUCCUGAGCAUGAUUGGUGAUUGGUUGAGGGUGCUUUCCAAGAAGACAAAAGAAGAGGUGGGGGAGAUCAAAGCUCACGCGGCCGAGUGGAAGGCCAACGUGCGGGCCGAGUUCCGGGAGACUCGGCGGCGUCUGAGCGUGGAGGUCCACGACAAACUCCAGCGAGCCGCCACCAUCCGCAGCAUGGAGCGCCGACAGCUGGGCCUGGACCAGCGGGCCGUGUCUCUGGACAUGCUGUCACCGGAACGGCGGGCCGUCUUCAACAGCCUGGACACCAAAAGCUACAAGACCUCCUCCCAGGAGAGCAUCGACACCAAGCUGAACAACCUGCGGCUGCGACUGGGCGCCGAGGGCUGCGAGCGCCGGCCCGACUCCCAGACCUCCUCCGAGGACAACAUCUUCAACCGCCUGGGCUCCGUCACCAAGAUGGCCAAGCGCAGUAAGAACCGCGAGCUGAAGAAGAACAUCCCCCACGAGGCGCGUCGCCCCCACAGCGAGGCCUACGGCUGCAGCACGCCCACCAUGGACGAGGGGAAGGGCAAGGAGGACGGGGAUGAGGACGAGGAGGAGGUGGAUAAGGAGUUCAACACCAGCCUGUCUGACUUGCCGCUGUUUGUGGAGGUUUGCAAUCCCCAGAAUGGCUUCAUCCCAACGGAGACCAAAGAAAAUGAGAGCGAGAAAACACUUGAAGACAAAGAGCUGCAUAUUCAGAUGGCUCCUUAGACUGUCCAUAACUCCUUGUAGGAUCAGAGGUUUGAACACCACCAUACGUGCCUUAACUGUAUCUCUGUCAGACUCUCUCUUUCUGCCUCUCUUACUCUUUCCCCUCCUCUCUCUCUCUUUCCCCUGUGUGCUUAACAGGGGGCACUGCUGUGUGUGUCCCUGUGUGCUAUGAUGUUAAAUAAUUCACUGUGCCCUAAUGACCCAAGAAAAAGGACUUUGUCUAGAUAUAAUCUGGUAGGAGAUGGUUCUUAAGGUUGAACACGGUACGGCACUGUACAACCAAAUCAACCAACACGCUCUGAAGGGAGAAGAGAAAGAUGGCUGCUAAUAAGACGAGUCAUAAUUUAGACUAAACCACUUAAGAGGCGGCAGUCGACUGAUGCGAGGAAUCUACAGACUGUUAUGCACAUGGACCUCGUUGAGGUGGUCUUUAGUUUAUCGUUGAGGUUAGAAAAGAACAAAAGCUGCUUAGGAAUAGAGAAAACGAGUAGGACUGGGACUGAGUUGUUGUGAAAUGUGAGACUUUCACUAUGUGUUUGUACACAUCAAUGUUUUACAUUAUGAUCCAAGAAGCUAUACACUUUGCAAAUGCAUUUAAACUUGAAUGAAACAUUUAUUUAAAAUAACAAAAAACAUGUCACAUGUUGUCUGUGCAUGGUCCCUGAGCUAAGCUGUUGUCUAAGUACAGUGUAUGAUAACGCUACCCAAGUUCAUGACCUUGAACCCUCCAAUCUCAGGGCUUGCAGUCCUUUUGUUGUCAUUAAAAUGUAUAUUGCUGAUGAAUGCUGCAUUCACACUUUGAAAAUACGAGGGCCUUGUGCUUUCUGAAGAUGACAGCUUAUGACAAUAGAGUGGAAGAUAAGCCAUAAUGCAAAGAAGGUUAGUAUCUGAAAUUGCUAAGGGGAUACCAACAUACACAAUAUUUCAGGAAGGGAUCAUAGAAAAGGAUGGUGAAGUGUGGGGGUUGCAAAUUAUCCAUUUUGAGAGACGGUAUAGUUGAUUGAGAUAUCGCUACACUGAUGAGCUUGAAUACUGUGGGUUAAGCUGCCAUCUUUAUUAUACUUGACUUACCAUGUCAUUUGUAAAGUACUAGACAUUUACGUUACAUUAAUACUUUCUUGUGUCCAUACAAACCUGAGGGUUUAUAUCACACAAACACACCAACUUCAGCCACAUUCUGUACCUACACCAAAAACUUCACAUUUGAACACUCUAUCUGUUCCUUUGGUUUGCAUUGAUAUACAGUAGGUACAACGUUAGCCUAGUGUGAAUGCAGCAAAGGACUCAAUGUUUGUUACGCUACAAAGAAAUAAUAAUUCAAGCUUAAAAUAAAGCAACUUUAAGUCUUUGAACAGAAAAGCAUGCUAUGUGAAAUAUACUAUCAUGAUAUAUGGUAUUGAUUGUACCAUCACAUGCUUCAGAGAACAAUGCUUGUCAUAGCAUUUUUUAAAUGUCCAUGCUGAAACAGCAUGUGCAGCACAUGCUCAGUAUUUGGAAGCUGUUCACGGUAUUACUUGUGCAACCAUUACAAUCAAUGUAGUGAGUGCCUUUUGGAAAUAAAUCUAACUGAAUGAA